UGCGCGGAUGUCGUCCCGGAAAGACUGUCCAAUUGGCCGAAGCCGAGGUGCGGGGUCUGUGUCUGAAGUCGCGGGAGAUAUUCCUGAGUCAACCCAUUCUUCUGGAACUGGAGGCGCCGCUCAAGAUAUGCGGUGACAUCCACGGCCAGUACACGGACCUGUUGCGGCUGUUCGAGUACGGAGGCUUUCCACCCGAAGCCAAUUACCUGUUUUUAGGCGAUUACGUCGAUCGCGGGAAGCAGUC